AUGGCUGAGGACAUUUAUUUCACAGCACCGGUCGGUUUCCCUGCCGUACACUACCUUCUUGCAGCCCCAGCUCCUCCAUACUACGCUACGUUCCGAUGCAUCGUACGGAGAGCACCUGUACUAGCGCGAGUCUCCGUACUCAACCCUGCCCGAUCAGCCUGUAUGGAAGCGAUAUCUGUGUCCGCAUGUGGCUUCGAGUACCGUGAUCUGAGCUACGAGGGGAGGGAAGAGGCUCUUCACGAUGCGGGGGUGGAGCGUCGUGGGGUUGAGGCGUUUGGGGAUGUGUAUCGCUCGGCUUGGUUGAAGUUUUGGGCGCAGAUUGUGUUCUUCCUGCGGAGCAGUCUGGAGUUUGAGUUUGCAUGUGGAGAUCUUGAUCGGUUGGAACUUGGAGUUAAAGCUUCCGAAUCCGUUGCUGGAGGUCGUGCGUCUAGUGGACAGCCAACAUGGUGGUCGCAAUCACCUCUCUCCUCUUUUAAAUCACCCAGCGCCUCGGCUCUGAUCAUGCUCAGCGCUGAAAGCAUUCUCGAAGACCCUGUCCAGAAAGGCAUCGCACAGACACACGCCCAAGUGACCAUCACCGCCGUCCAAGCCUCCCCAGCUUUCAUCGAUUGGCCGAUCCCCGACCCGAAAGCUAAGUAG